UGGAGAAUUCCACUUUGUACAGUCUCUGCUUUGUUGUCCAUUCAGUCAGUUUGCUGCAGUCCCAUCACUUAUCUCUCACUCUCUCCCCCUCACUCUCCCCCUCACUCACCCUCGGUACUCACCGUACCUGACCGGUUUCAAGGACUUUUUAACUUUUAGUAGCAAAUUCUUCCUCCAAAAAAAAAAGUUCUACGACGGCUGGAACUCUGAGAAUAAAGUUGGUCUUGGGAAUUUUCCCUCUCUCUCUCUCUCUCUCUCUCUCUCCCCCUCUCCCUCUCCCUCUCUCUCCCUCUCAUGUUACCCCUCCCCCUCACUCACUCAUACAAAUCCACACCAGCACUGAUGGCACAUGAACACCAGACCCACUGGGGUGGGCCGUCGUUGAUGUCAGUGACCUGGAGCUGCCCACAGUCGUCAACGCCGACUCAUCGCGCCGAUGGCCGCGCGGUGGUGUCACGACGGACCUGGUGUCCACAUGGACGCGGUCAGCCCCGAACAUCUGGAGUGCAGAAUCUGCUACUGGACCUACAGUCUCGGGAGUCGCAGGCCGAAGGUUCUAGGGUGUGGCCACCGUCUGUGUGCCAAAUGUCUCAGCAAGAUCCUGGUCCUGGGCCAGGCGUCUCCUGACGCUGUGGCGUGCCCUUUUUGCCGCAGUGUCACCAAACUGCCAGGGGAGGCAGUGAAGAGUUUUCCAGAUGACCGCCACUUGGUGUCAGAGCUGAACGUGCUCCAGGAGUCCACCACAGAGCUCCUCCUCAGCCCUGAACGUCUGAGCUCACUGAUGAGCUACUCCUCCAUCCGGAGCUCCCCUAAUUUUGUGGUCAUCACUAUCAUGGAGCCGCCGCCGCCGCCGCCGCUACCGCCGCCGCCCCCGGACUACAGCCGCUCCAGUCUCAGCUCCAGGACCUCCAUCAGGAGGAGGCGCUCUCUGUGGAACUGCACCUCCCUGGUGUACCAGAGCUCAGCUCGGGCGUUGGCGUGGCUGUUGGGGCUCAUGUACUUCAGCUCGCUGCCCACUGGCGUUUACCUGCUCCUCAUGCAGAGGACGGCCCUCGGGGCGCUGCUGGUCAGCCUGGUUCCUGCCAGUCUGGUCCUGGUCAUGGUCUACGGACUGGUCCAGUGUGUCUUCCAUGAAGUGUGGGACUGUGUGACAUCAUAACGGGAGCGGGAGAACAGGAAGUGGUCGGUUCGAAGAACACCAUCAAGAACAUCGGCCGUAGAAGUCUGAACUGAAGAACCCGACCUCGCUGACUGUUUGACAGAACACACACACACACACACACA